AUGAGUGCCUCCUUCUCACAUCCAAUCAGUCGAGUGAUGUUGUGGACUGGUCUCAUCUGUCUUUUUGCCUUGUGCCAGGCACAGGAGAUCAAGCAGUUGCCUGGGGUCAACUUCGAGCUCACCUUCAAGCACUACUCCGGCUUUUUCCAAGUCUCCGAUACUCACCUUCUCCAUUAUUGGUUUGUUGAGUCUCAGAAUGAUCCUACAAGCGAUCCGCUAAUCUUCUGGUUCAAUGGCGGUCCAGGAUGCUCAUCACUGGACGGCCUUCUCAAUGAAAUGGGACCGUAUGUGGCAAAUGCUGACGGAAAGAGUCUUCGGGAAAAUCCUUAUUCUUGGAAUAAGAUGGCCUCAGUUGUAUAUAUUGAAUCUCCUGCCGGCGUGGGAUAUUCCUACGCCACUGAUGGGAAUAUCACCACCAACGAUGACCAAACGUCACUUGAGAACUACGAGGCUGUCAAGCAAUUCUUCACGACUUUCCCUCAAUUCCGUCAUCACGCGACGUACAUAAUGGGCGAGUCAUACGGUGGAGUGUACGUGCCGACACUGACGGCAAGGAUCGUUGAUGGACAGAAGGAGUUCCCCAUUAACCUCAAGGGAAUGGCUCUCGGAAACGGUUAUGUGAAUGAAAAGUUGAACAUCGACACUUCAAUUCGAUACGCUUACGGUCAUGGAAUCAUCGAUGAAAAGACAUGGAAUACUCUUGAGAAGGGAUUGUUGCAAGGGUUGCAUCGAUUCUUGCGACUUUACUCAGGUACGAACUGUAUCAUAUCUCUGCUUUCCCACAGUUGA